UUCGGUGGUGCGCACGGCCGCACGCUCCCCGGAGACCGACGAAAGUUCACACGCGGUCGGAAAACUUUAUACCAACGCAAGUAGAGCAACGCAUAGCAAUUAUAUUAUGGAAUAUUAGUUUAACAUUGUACUGGAAUAUUCUAAUGAUCAUUGCAAUGGGUUUUCAUCGAUGAUUUGAUGUUUUUCGCGAGUGUCCCAUGGCUUGAAAAAGGCUUUGCUUGAUAGCAGAGUCGGGCAGCGUGGCUGGAAAUAUGCAGCAGCCUUGGUGGUCCAUUUAUUUACUGGCCAUUUUCAUGUUAGGAUUGGACUCUAAACUUGUAGGUCAAGCAUUCCAGCCAGAAUUUGCUGAACCGUUAAUGAAUUUAACUGUACCUAUAGGACGAGAUGCAACAUUUAGAUGUCUAGUACAAAACCUAGGAGGAUACAGAGUUGGCUGGGUGAAAGCCGAUACUAAAGCGAUACAAGCAAUCCAUGUUCACGUAAUAACAAACAAUCACCGAGUCGGAGUGUCGCAUAACGGUCAGACCGUUUGGAAUUUACACAUUAGAAACGUACAGGAGGAGGAUAGGGGUCAAUACAUGUGUCAGAUCAAUACAGACCCAAUGAAAAGCCAGAUGGGCUACUUAGAGGUGGUAAUUCCACCAGAUUUUAUUCCUGAAGAGACAUCAGGGGAUAUAAUGGUGCCUGAAGGUGGCACGGCCAAAGUCUCUUGCAGAGCGAGAGGCAUGCCAGAGCCCCGUGUUCUCUGGAGAAGAGAAGAUGGUGCUGAUAUCGUCAUCAGAGAUCCUAAUGGGACUAAAACAAAAGUUGCGAUGUACGACAAAGAGGUGUUGACUCUGACGAAAAUAUCACGUUCGGAUAUGGGUGCAUAUCUGUGCAUCGCUAGUAAUGGCGUGCCGCCCUCAGUCAGCAAGAGGAUAAAUAUUAAAGUACAUUUCCACCCGGUGAUUCAAGUGCCCAACCAGCUGGUUGGCGCUCCGCUGGGCACUGACGUCACCAUCGAGUGCUACGUCGAGUCCUCACCCAAGUCCAUCAACUACUGGGUCAGAGAUUCAAAUGAAAUGGUGAUAUCAUCAAGUAAGUACGAGGUGGUGAAUACAGUGAUGAGCUCUUUCGAGAGUCGCAUGGCGCUGACAGUGAGAAGACUGACAUCAGCAGAUGUUGGUGGCUACCGGUGUGUCGCGAAGAAUUCACUUGGCGAAGUUGAUAGCGUCAUCAGAUUGUAUGAAAUUCCUGGACCCACAGUAAAGAACACAAGUCCGGCUAACAAAAGAGAAGAGUACAGGUAUUCUACCCCCAUAGAGGGGCCAGACAAUCAAUUCGGCUCUGCUGACAGAUCGGACGACGAAGAUGAACGAGACAUCGGCACAUACACAACUGACAGACAUUCAAAUGCAUACAGAAAUGAAAAUGUAACUAGAAACAGAACUAUCAAUUAUUCCCCGACAACCGAACAAAAAUUGAACAAUAAAGUUCGAAAAAUAAUUAACAAAUUCGAUAUAGAAGAGUUUGGCAGCAACAGAUGUUGCGUGCAUUCUCUAUUUGCAGUAAACUGUGUUCUUUCGUUAGGAAUUAUUGUAGUACUAGAUUAUACGUAGACUCGUUUGUAUGUUGUUAUUGUAUAAAGAUGAAUAUUUAUAUUGUUAACCAAACAGUACUUAGGUACUCAUUCCAGUAUUAUAAGGCACGAUGCAACAUAACGUAUAGCCUCCAACCAUAAUUAAUUGAACGUUUUGAAGUGGGUACGAAAUUGAUAUUGAUGAGAGAUUUCCGUAGCUAUGGAAAUUAAUAUUCUGUUGACGCGAUAUUGGUACAUUACAUUAUUACCUGUUAAUCGAAUAUUUAUAAAAGGUUUAUUAUGUAACGUGAUGUGUGGUAUGGUAUCAGAUUUUAUUGGGAAACUACACCUUUAUGAAACUUAUAUAAGCCAAUGUUUUGUACGACGAUCGAUCCUUGUAUUGUAUUGUGAACCUGAUUGAAAAAGAGUCACUUAUGGAGUUUCUUGCUCGUUUUUCUCCAUAGGAAUCUACACUUUGAAACGAGCAAAUAGCUUCACUAGACGACCGAC